GUUUAUUUAGUUCGUUUCUUAUCUGUCUCAGGUUACAUUCUCUUUGGCACAAUUUGGCACAAAUCAUGAUUGAUUUUUGUCGCGAAGUUCUCUGAAAUCCCCAGCUGUUCGGCUGCAUCAGCUGCACUGCGCCUGUCUCAACUGGAUGCACUCAUCAUACCUCGCCCGAAUUUUAUUUUAGUCAUCAUGGAAGCCCCUGUAGACGAAAGGAUUACGGACGAAAUUGAAGCUUUACAAGCUAUUUUAAUGAACGAUGUUGUGGUUAAAAAAGUGGGAAAUGUACCCAAUAUAAUAGAAACAGUAGUACAUCCGUCCACUGGAGACGAUGUUGAUCAGCAGUACGUGUGUGUGACUCUCGAGGUGAUGCUGACGCCGGAGUAUCCAGACUCAAGUCCGCAGGUGACCCUCAGGAACCCCAGAGGACUUAGCGAGGAACUCCUGACCACCAUUCAUUCACAAAUCAGGAAUAAAUUGAAGGAUUGUUUAGGCCAACCUGUGAUCUUUGAGCUUAUUGAGUUGAUUCGAGAGUACUUGACUCAGAAAAACUUGCCGAGCGGUCAAUGUGUGAUUUGUCUUUAUGGGUUCACGAAUGGGGAUGUGUUCAUCAAGACCCAAUGUUACCACCACUUCCACAACCAUUGCCUGGCCAGUCACCUUAUUGCUGACAAGAAAAAUUAUCAGGAGGAGUUUGAUAAGCUGCCCAAUUGGAAGCAAAUGGAGGAACCGCCGUAUCAACAAACUUGCCCGGUAUGCCGCUGCAAAAUGUCAUUUGACGUUGAAACGUUGAAGAAAGCACCGCCACCAGUUGAGUCGACGACCGCAGCGCCUUUCAUCCUCACUACUGAUUUAAAGGCGCUGCAAAUUGGUUUUUCGAAGCUGCUGGCAUACCAGGCGUCAAGGGGCGGCGUCAUCGGCAUCGGGGACAAUGAACCACCGCCGCUCACUCUGACGUCCUCCUCGGAUAAUGAUAAUGCCAGCAGCAACGGUUUGGCGAGCACGUCGCAGGAGCGCCGCGCCGACCCCGCCGCCCCCGCCGCCGCCCCCGCCACCGCCGACGGACACGCGCCACCCACUAACUACCGCGGACUUUACAGGGGCUUCCGCCGCAACACGACGGGGCGGCGCGGGCGCGCUGCGCGGUGACCCGCGCGCCGCUCCGCCGCUCCCCCCGCCGCCUAGCCGCCAGCCGACACACCCGCCCUCAUGCGCCUCCCACACCCCCCACACCUCCCUCCGCCCGCGCUCACCGGUAUCGGGUGUGUGCAUCUCUAUACUCAAAUAUCGAUAACUGCUCAUAUCGAUCAUUUCAUUAUCGAUAUGCAAAAUUGUAUCAUUUAUUCGUAUUUUACUGAUCGAGAACCUAUUCUGUUUUUCCGACGUGGGUGGCGAUUGGCGAUAUUGUUUUUCAACUUUAAUCAUUAUCGCGAUUUUGAGCCGUUAAAACCUUAUCGAUACUUUCAUAAAACAAUAUCGAUUUGGAAUUUUGUACAUAAAGCUGUAAAAUCUGUGCACGUUAAUAUGUACACUCCGUGUUGUAAGGCAUCGAUUCGAAUUAUUGAUAUUUUAAAAAUAUUAUAUAAUCGAAUCGAUGGCAUUGAAAUUUUAGACAAUCGAAACGUAUCAUUAGAAUCAAAAUUACCGUUAAAUUCUAAGAUGAUCGAUUUUGUUCGUCAUCCAUAUUUUUGCCAACUCGUGCGCACGAGUUUAAAAGUAUUGAUAUGUGAUAAUUGUUACGUAAGUCGGUAUGAGAAUGCUAAGUCGAUGUGUGAGCACAUCCAAAUAAAAAAUUACCUUUCGAGACUGACGAUAUACCUAUCUUUCUAUACACCUAUACAUUUAUUAAGUAUUUUACAUGUAUUUAUACUCCUAUUGUGCCAUAUCUAUUGGACCAUCGCUAUAUUAUAGUAUUCGCCAAAUCGAUAUUUUUCAUUCUUUAUAUUUUUUACUUAGCUUAAUUCUUACUGUGUUGUAAAUCUCCUUUCAGAUGUUCCGGUUUAAUAGAUUCCUAUUUACUUAUUACAUAAAUAAGAUAAGAGAAUAUUAAGUUACUGGACAACAAUACUUAGUUGAUUCUUAAAAAAAAUCGUACGCACUAUAUACUUAGCCAAAAAUGGCGGUAUAGUUAUAACAUCCUCAGAGGGAAUUUUUUUUUACCUCUGUUAUAAAACCUAAUGUUAGGCCCCAUAAAAAACGUUUUUUUACAACAUUUUAUUUUGUGUAAUCCAUAUUUUUUUUAUUUGAAAAAUUCGAAAGUCAACAGAAAACUUAUUUCACUCUUCCAAACUACAAUAUUCAAACGUGUUCCCCCAUAAAAGUAAAACGGUCUGCCCAACUCAACGAAUAAAAGUAACAAAUUCAGUACAAACUUAAAUCACGUAGUUUUAAGUCUUCAAGUAUUGCUCAAUUGAAUUUGAUAAGUUAAAAGUACUGAUUUGCCAUAACUAGCAUUUAUACUUUUAUACGAUAUAAAUGAUUAUAUACAUUGACGUAUAUUCUAUAGACACGAACGUCCAUAUAAAUUAUUUGUUCAAUAUCUGAACUAAAAUGGCAACCAAAACGUCACUGUUAUAACCUAUUUAUUAACUUGAACAACAAAUAAUUUCACUUAUUUGAAUAAUAUUUUUUAUUCAAAUCCAGGUUUACACUUAGACUCGAGUUCUUAUAUUAUGAGCGCCACUCCGUACACAACCACAAGCUGUCAAUAUUGACCAUACUAAAUACAGUUUGAAUGGAUUGCAGUUCAAUUCAGUUGAACCCAGUGAACGUUCGGAACGCCAAAUCUAGUACAUAGUACAUAUAUAUUAUCGAUGAUGACAUAUUGCAUCUGGAAGGGAUGAACACGUAGGCGCGUCCAUAUGGCUUGGUUAAGUACCUUCCGCCCUUCUAUUUUUUAUUUAAAAAAAACUAAUAAAAUCGUCAGUCGUAAGAAAUAAAACAAUUAUCGGGGAUUCUGGUAUUUAAAAUUGGUUUUGUGAGAUUUUUGAGUCCAAAUGAAAUUCACGAGAAGGCGUAUUGUCGUACAAAAUUCAUUUACAGUUGGUUCAAAAUUCAUAAAGAAAUAAUUGUCAGUUUUAAUUGUAAUGAUCUAGUGCUAUUUACGUACAAGAUUUUACAGCUUAUGUCCCAAGACUGUACUAGCUUAUCGACGUGGUUACUGGAUAUUUGAGGGAUUGUAAAGUGGCAGUCACCCACUUGCCCUUAUGACGAAAAAUCAGUACUAUCUUAAAAAAACUGAUGUAUAUUUUGAGUUAAUUACUAGUGCCCGGCUGAAGCUUCGGCUUCGGUCGCCUUCGGCCAAAUAAACACUGUCGUAACUUCAGACUUGACGGCGUAUUUUGGCCGAAGAGCCCUAUCAAGCCCCAAAACCGAACAAAAGAAAUAAAUGAAAAGAUUUUAAAAAUUACAAGUUAAUUUUUAUCAUCUCUAGAUCAACUACAGUAUAAAUUUAUUUUUUAAACUGUGUUUUAUUUUAUUAAUUGAGGUAUGUAGCCAAUAAUGAACUAAAUUUCUUUGUGUUUUUAAGUUUUCGGCUUGAGCUUCGGCCUAAUGUGUGUUAUCUAUUAAUCAGCUUCGGUUUCAGCCAGAAAUCGACCUUCGAUCGGACACUACUAAUUACGUAAUUUAAUUUCUUUUUAAUUAACUUAAAUUUUUUUCUAACCCUUUCCGUGCAGCUGACGUCAUAACACGUCCACCUGUAAUUACUAGAUGUAAUGUUACAGGUGUCGCCUAUGUAUUAUAAAAUCGGAAUAGUAAUUAGUAAAUCAUGAUACAGGGCAGCAUUGGAAAGAGUUAGAAAAAAACAUGAGAUAAAAACGCACAAUACCCGAUACAUACGGUUGUCUGCAAAGUUAAUUUUUAAUGAUAUAAUCAUUAAGCUUGGUGUGGUUAGCAAAAAUAAAUUAUAUGUAUCAAAAGUCUCGUUAUAUCCAGGCGAAUUUAUUUUCUUUCCUAAUGAUUCACAAAGUUUUGUUUCCACAAAAUAACUUAAGUUAUAGUCUGUUCAGAAAGAGAACCGUCGUGACCCAAAUAUGAACUAACUUUCGAUUUUUACAUAGCAACACUUCCCCGCCAUUUGGUAAAUGUUAAACUCAUUGUCAUGUCGUAUUGCUUUGUUAUAAAUGAUCUUGCGUGUUGUUUUUAGGGAUUUUUGUAUAGAAACAUACUAGAAUUGAACAAAAGAGGUAGUUAAGCACAGUAGCGACCUCAAAUCUCACGACGAUUCUCUUUCUGAACAGACUGUAUACAUUGUUUUUUUGUCAUUGUGUGGGGUGGGAUGGAGAGGUUCUGCUAUUGAUACGUAAUUCGUUCCGCUCCCGGCGAUAUUAGGAUCACAUUAUCAACCCUCCAUAUUUCGAUGGCUCCUAAGUAAAGUGUCGUAUCUGCGAAAAAAAUCGAUAUUCCCUUUUCCGUUUCGUUAUGUAGGUACGAUUUACUACCAAAAUCCAUGAAAAAAAGUUAGUAAAUGAUUGUUAAUGAAGUGUUUUUUCGUUUAUUAACUUUUGAAUGAAAUAGGUUUGGUAGUAAACAUAACGAAACGCUAAAAUGUGAAUAUCGGAAUUUUUUAAAUACGACUGUUUACUUAGGAGCCAACUAUUUAUAAGUUAUUUUUGUUCAUUAAAAUAUUUGCGCAUAUAAAUCAAGUAAAUAAACGUCCCAGAAUAAUGAGUUAAUAAUAUUCCUUAUUAUUAAUAUAUUUAUUUAAAACACUCGCCAGGUAAUCGCAUUUAGUUAUAUCAACGCUACAAGCACAAUUUUAUCUUGACUUCUGAGGUCGCGAAGGCGGGACAAAACAAUAUAAAAUCCAAAAAAAAAAUAGUCGUUCAUUGUACUCUUAGUAUAAGACAUGCGUCUGUGACCAUCCUAGUCAAACCCCGUAGUGUUCCCACAUAUUUAACGUGAAUAUUGGUGUCACAUUGUAUCAAAUUUUCAUGUUGUUUUGACAAAUUGUCGCUUAAUACUUCUAUCAUAUCAAGAAUUUUAAACAGAAAUAUGCAGAUAGAAACUUCCAAGAACGUUUAUAACCUACAGUACUAAUUGAAUGAUGUUUUAUAUUAGCCGAUAGUUUGUAUAAAUUCAGCCCUUUGAAAGCCUCGGUAGCAUAGUUGUAAUUGCACACGGUACAAGUACGACUACCACACUGAGGUUUUGGUUCGAAUGCCGGGUCAGGUUAUAAAAACAAUUGCGAUUCGGUUUUUUCUUUCAUUUUAUAAAUUACUCAGUCCCACCUCUGAGUCAGGAAGUUGGUGUGAUACCUCCAUGCCUCGGAAAGCGCGUAAAACCAUUGGGUCCUGCGCCUGAUCCCUCUGCGGUUAUGUCGGAUUGACGUCUCACCGGACUAUGAGAGUGUAGGAACGGACAGGGCACCUGUGUAUUGCGCACACUAAAUAUCCUGCAUACUUGGCUUAUCUCCGUUGAGAUUGGCCGUCGUGGCCCAAAUUCUGCUAGGAACGCAUCAAAUUCAGCCCAAUAAAAUAUUAAAAUAUAAUUGUAAUAAGCGACAAGUUGAAAAAACAACAUUAUCUUUAUUGUAUAGAAUAGAUCACAUUUAUUUAUUCAUAAGUGUUUCAUUGACAUAUUUUAGUUAACCCUUCCCGUGCGGCUCUAUCAUUAUAUCACGUCACUUUAUGUAGUGAAUAUGUAUUGACGUAAUUAUCCGUCAUGCUAAUCCAUUAUUAACACGCAAAAAAAUAUUCAUCGUAAUGCCACAUGGGAAGGGUUAAGAAUGAAUAUUCUUAUAUUGUUUUUGAUAUUCAAUUUUAUUUGUCUUUGUGUUGUUUUAGAUUUAUUAUUGAAAUGUCAAGUGUGUGUUAAUUUAUUACUUAAAUAUUUAUUUAGGUUUAUUUGUAUUUUUCCACGCGGUGGCGAGAGACGACGGAAUGAUAAAAUUUUACUUGGUGUAAUUUUUGUUGUUCGUGGUGUUUUUGUAAAUUAUAUUUUGAGACACCGACAUUAGGCCCCAUUUUCUGUGAUUAUAAUGGCAACGUUAGGAGACGUCAAAAUGAAAUGGGGUGUAUUAGUAAAAGUACUCAACUAACAAUUUAAGGUGUAGUUGUUUUUUUUUUAUUAUAGAAUCUCUUGCAGUUUGCAUUUAAUAUAAGAAAGCCGAAUGACUGAUUUAUUAUAAAGUAGGGUCUAUUCCAGUUUUAGAUAAACCAGCAAUGUUCAGAGUGAUUGACUGGGGCCUUACCCCUCUUUGUGAUGGGAGGGGCAGUGCCUUACUGGUAUGUUUGACGCUUGUUUUGGAAGAAUAGGUGUUAUGUUUUGAGUGGAAAAACUGGAAUUUUUAUUUUUUAAUAUCAGGGCUGCAAGCACAUUGUCAAAAGAAAGGGUUAAGGAUACGAAGUCCAAUUAUUUUGGGUAGGGUAGGAAUUUACUGGUGGUAGGUCUCUAAUAUGUGAGUCUGCCGGGUAGGUACUACCGCUAUGUCUAUUUCUGCCACCAAGCAGCAAAUUAUAGUCACUGUUAUGUUCCGGUUUGAAGGAUACUGUAGCAAGUGUAAACUACUGGACAUAAUAAGACUCAACAUCUCAUGUCUUAGGAUGGCGAGCGCAAUGGAAUAUCAAACAAUACUUUGUAAUUCGAAGUGUUGGAUGGUGUUUCUACUGUUUAUGGGCGGUCGUAUCGCUUACCAUCAGGCGAACGGCAAGCAUUUCUCGUCAUUCAAAGCAAUAAAAAAAGUGUCAAAACAUAAAAAAACACACACAUAUACUAUUAAAUUACUGAUUUGUAUAGCAAUAAUAAAUCGGUGGCGUAGAAACCCUUUCGUGUACGAAUCGUGUGUUUGAAACAAUUAAAUUUAUUUUAAUUGUGUUUUAAAAUAAAUUGUGAAGCCAGCGUUGCGUCAAUAUUUGACCGCUGUAAUAAAAUGGAUGUUAAAAUAAUUUAGAAAGGUAAUAUAAUAUAGGAAAGUAGAUAUUAUUCGGAACAAAUUUGUUGAAGUUAAAGAUCAUUUUCAUUCAAAAGCGAAGGUAUCAAAGCGGUAAUUAUAUUGAAUACCACCAGUCAUUUGGCAGCUUUUUUAUUUUUUUACAAUUACAUUCCACCAUAAUUUAGUUGUGUAAUGUAAAUACAAUGAGUUUUUAUAAAAAUUUUGGAUGAGUGUAAAAGGAAGAUGUGAAGGUACUUAGUAUGUUUUCUUUUCAAUAAUUCGUGAAUUGCAUUGCAGCUUAUAGUGAUAGGAUAUUCAGUAAAUAAAAUAUCAUGGAGUUGUUAUUGGGAUUGGAAUAUGCAAUUAAAAGACAUUGCUCAAGAUUUGAAGCAUUUCCAAUUUUAAGUCAACUUCCAUAUAAUACGCUUCAUAGUUGUUGAGAGCAGGGUUGUCAGUAAUCAUAUGAAAUUGAUCUCCGGAAUAUUCUAGAAAACUGCAUUCGAAUAAAAUUUGACAGAUGCACUCUUGGAUAAAUUAAUUACAAUAAUAUUGACCGUGACAACCCUGUCUCGUUCGUAGUACGCUCAGAUGAAUCAUUCAAUAUUGUGUAUUCGGUACAUUGUCAGUUUUGUAAACGUAAUCUUUAUCUGUAAGUAGGUUUUAAUUAAUAAACUCUUACCAAAGAA